AUGGCACGUUCAUUGAAGGCUCACGAUGUGGCAGGGAUGGUUAUAUGCCUAGGGGUGGCACUCUUCCUCGUUGUCACGAUACUCAAGUCCUUCCACAUGGCGUUUGGUUUCAUAUUCCCCAUUAUUUCCCCGGAGGAGAGGGAGGGCUUGCAAAGAAACGGCACCGUCACUCCUAUGUUUACUGUGACCGGUCCCAGUGCAGUCACCGUCGGCGAAGCCGCGACAGUGACCGUUAGAGAAGCCACAACAGUCACGGUUAGAGAAGCCACAACAGUCACCGUUCACGAAGCUAUAACAGUCGCGGUGACUGUCCCGAACGCGGAGGCAUUGACGUCUGUGAGCACCAAAGUUGACUCUUGCAGUCCAACUUCAAAGGUACGCACAUUCUUCUCGCAGUGGUCUACGCCGGUGGCCAUAGUCCAUGACCUUACCAGUGCAGAGACAAGUAUGAAGACUCUCACUUUCACGGGCGCGCUAACACAGGUUGUCUGCGCUCCCAGCCUCAGCACUCCCACGUCGUUCAAUACGGUUUACACGGCAGGCCCGAUUCAAACUGGCCGAAACCAUGUGGCGGUGACACCGUAG